AUGGAUGCCAAUUAUUUAGAAGAUUUAGAAGUUAAAAAUAUAAUCGAGGGCAGUAUCUGCUCAGUGGAGUAUGAUAAUAAUAUUUGCGUUGGAUAAUUGAAUACUAAUUUCCUAUCUACCAGAGCUGAUACAAAUACUUUUGGAUUUACAACAUAUGAAUAUUUUGAUAAUAAAGAUUAAAAAGGAUAAGAAUCAGAUAACUUUUUCGAAGAAUAUCUAGUUGGAGAUAACGAUUAAAUAGCACAAGAAGAAAUACCUAAUGACAACAAUUUCAAUGAAUAGAAAACUUUAGAUAUUGUCUUUUCUAAAAAUACGAAAAAGAAUUAUAAUCAUACUUAUCAAAACUUGGGAACUCAAUAUUACAAUUUUAUAAAGAAAGCUAUUUCUCAACAAGAUAUGUAAGGGAUUGGAAUACUAAAAUUUGAGUAUGAAUUAAUAUUAGAGGAAGCUAAAAAACUUGGAUAAUUUAAAUCAAAAACAGAAUUAAUAAAUAUUCAUACACCCAUAAGCUAAGAAACAAAGAUAUAGGAUAACUUAAAUUAUGUUGACUUGAUUACAGAAAAGCUAUAAAAAACAGAACCUGAUCUAAAAGAAAGGAUAAAGAAAUAUAAUAGUUUUGUUAAAAUAAAUAAAAAAUUAUUAUCCCAGUUUAAAGAGGAGACUUUAAAAUAUCUAAAAAACUUUGAAAAAGAAGUCUUAGAAACGGAAAAUCAAAAAUCACAAAAAAAGCUAUAAAUUUAUGAAUAAAUUAAAACUGGUAUUGACAAAUUAGAAGAAAAAAUUAAAUAUGCUUGA